GCCGAGAGAUUGGAGCGCCCCCUGGCGACAGAACCGGCCCAGGAAAGCCCAGAAGCUUCCAGUGGGAAGAAGCGACACAGCGAGAGGCGGGCGGCUGCCACGUCAUGUGACGUAGCGUGGGCCUCAGCAACAACUGCAGGACCAGCGGCGGUGGUGGCAGCAGCAGCCGCAGCAGCCGGGGGGUCUUGGCUCCGCUUCGCAGAGGUUGCGAGGUCUGUGGUGUUUGGUUUCUGUGAGUGAAGCAGGUCGGGAGGAAGAGGAAGGCGAACUUCUAGAAAGAGGGUCGGGGGCCUCCAGCAGUCUGGGAAACUUCUUUGUGGCCUUUCCGCACUUUUAAUCUUCCCCGUCCCCUGGGAGAAUCUGAAAAUGCACUCUGUGUACGCUCAGAAGCACCUUCUUCGCCGCCACUACGGGUGGUGAAGCGAUGUUAAAAGCAGCUUCAGGGGUUGGUGAAACCAGGCUUCAGUUCAGCGACAUACUGGGAAUGUUUCUCUUCGUUACACUCAUGCUGUGUUCCAGUUUGCAGUAAUGGAACAAGAACAGGAUCCAGCUAUGCAAGAAAAUGCCAACAUCAAGGCAAUCAGAGAAGAAUACAGGAAGGCUUUUGUGUUUGUUAAUAAAGGCCUGAACACAGAUGAGUUGGGAAAGAAGGAAGAAGCAAGGAAUUAUUACAAGCAGGGGAUUGACCACUUGGUUAAGGGAGUCAAUAUUCCUUCCCAGGGUCCAGCAUGCACAGGACCCCUGUGGGAUGAUGUCAGGCAGAUGCAGCAGAAAAUGAGAGAAACCCUACAAAAUGUUCGUGCUCGACUGAGUGUGCUAGAUGAGAAUGCACAGCCCAAUCCCAUGGCAGUGAGUGCCUCUGCAGAAGUACCUAGAUUAUAUCCAUCAGUCCCUGCUAAAGAAAAGCCCACAAGGCCUCCUGUACCUAAUUCAUUGAAAUCGCCAUCGUCGCCACCUGCGGAAGGGGCAAAUGUUGAAUCUACAGGCCCAGACCAAGUUGCUGGGAAGAGUCCUUCCUCUUCAAUGGCUCUGCCCCUUGAAGCACCCCCUGCUUAUACCCCUGAGGCCACUGAUGGACACUAUACCGUGUCCUAUGGAACAGAAUAUGGGGAGUUCCCAUCUGUGGGAGACAACUUCUACAACAAGAACAUGCAGCCGCCUCCUGUUCAGAAUUUUGGAGUGGAUGCAGAUGAGCUGAUCCUUAUUCCACAUGGGGUGCAGAUAUUCUAUGUGACACCUGAUGGGCAAGUUAGCGCUCCUUCAUAUCCAGGAUACCUUCGGAUUGUGAAGUUCUUGGACUGUGAGGAAGCACGGGCCCAGAGUCAUCCCCCUGCUUUUCUUCAGGUUUGUGACUGGAUAUAUCCUCUGAUGUGCUCUCAUUCGCCUGUUCUCUCCUGCAGCAGUGGAGUGUACAUGUUCCCUGACGUGAUGUCACAGGUGCCAGGAUCCUACGUGGGAGUAGUGUUAUCUUCAGAGCUCCCAGCUGCUGUCAGAGAACUGUUUGAAGAUCUGCUGAAGCAAAUGUCUGACCUUAGAGUGCAGGUUCCAGCAUCCCAUGAGGGAAUAGGUUUACCAUCAUGCACAGGAUUUUACAAAGAGCUUUUUGAGGAUCUGUUAAAACAGAGAUCUGAUCUCAGAGUCCAGCCAGCUGAGGCUUCAAGUGAUGUGAUCAACCUCCGCCAGACUGUGCAUAUUCAACCAGCACCUGAAGAGGAGGGAGCAAGAGCAAUACCUGAAUGGAGUGAGAAAGUUGCCCAUGGAAUCUUAACAGGAGCCUCUUGGGUGAGCUGGGGUCUGGUCAAAGGAGCCGAAUAUACUGGAAAAGCAAUCCACGCAGGAGCUUCUAAACUGCGAGAACACAUUCAGCCGGAGGAAAAACCUGUGCAAGUCAACCCAACUGUAUCAAAGGGGCUCCAAGUAGCAAAGCAUGCUACAGGAGGGGCAGUAAAAGUCAGCCAGUUCUUAGUUGAAAGUGUGUGUUCUAUUGCGAGUUGUGUUGGAAGAGAGUUAGCCCCUCAUGUCAAGAAGCAUGGAAGCAAACUGGUUCCAGAUGCCCUUAAGAAAGACAAAGAUGGGAAAUCUACUUUGGAUGGAGCUCUAGUAGUAGCUGCAAGCGGAGUUCAAGGGUUUUCCACAAUCUGGCUUGGUUUGGAAGGUGCUGCAAAGUGCAUCGCUAAAAGUGUGUCUCAAGAGACGGUUCAGACUGUCAAGCACAAGUAUGGGGAUGAUGCUGGCCGUGCAACAGACAAUGCAAUGAAUUCUGCCAUCAAUGUGGGUGUGACGGCUUUUAAUAUCGACAAUAUUGGUAUCAAAGCCAUAGUGAAGAAAACUGCAAAGGAGACUGGCCAUGCAGUACUGGAUGAAUACAAAAUUAUAGAAAAGGGGAAGAAAAAAGAUGGACAGUGAUGACUGCUUUGGAUGAAUUUCCUGAAGCCUUAAAAGUGGUGUAAUUUAUUUAAAAAGAAAUGAACUAUUAACAGAUAUUCCUCUUUAUUUUUCUAACUCUAAUACUUCUCUGGAUUAAUUCUCAAAACUUUUUUUUUAAGGAAUCUCUUCUGGAAUGAAUAUUUCAGGUACCAUCUCAGUAUUCCUGUAAGAAAUGGAAAUACAUUGGCAUUGUCACUAAAUUUCCAUAAGAGGAAGGCUCUCAAACUUUUUUCAAUAGUAUUAGAGUUUAGACCUGUGUAUAGUGAAACUAUUUUUAUAACCUUAUUUAUAGGUAAAAAAUAUCAGGAAUAAUUAAUAGCAUAAAUGGUUGUUGAGAUAAAGUCUGAUCAAACUGUAUGCACUACUUCUGGUUUACACAAACCCCACUAGCUAAACUAAUAAGCUCCUUUGGAAAUAGUAUAGUCUUUUCAAAUAUAGUUUCUGUUAAAUUCAUAUUUAGUUCUCUUCACUUGCAACAAACCAAAGAUUUAAGUAUUGCUAUUUCUCCAGUUAGAGUUACACAAAGUUAACCAAACUGCAAAAUCCUGAACUUCUCUGGAGUUGACAGUUCUCUCCUGUUUUGAUGGGCAAACCUAAUCCACUUGUAAAUUGGCCUUAUCCAGCCUGAUUGUGGAAGAGGGUUUUUUGGCUUUAAUGAUGCUAAAGCUGCACUAGAGAGAACGGUAUGCUCAGCAGAAAAGCUUUAAUCUCUAUGCUGCAGGUUUGAUCUAGGUCACUUAAUCUUAGUUGAGAGGCCUCUCUAACACAAGUGGAAAUUACUGUUCUGUGUCUGGUGUGUGGUACAUUGCAUACAGUUAAAUAUUUAGUGUGUUCUACAGCUAAUAUAAAAAAAUCAGUUGUUGUUAAUAUGGGAUUCAAUAAACCUUGCUGUAGUUUGAUGUGGGUUCAUUUAGAGCUUUCACCGAUGCCAAAUGUUGGGGUAUUGUUUGGAACUGAUUGAGCUUUCUUAUAUGAAUAUAAGACUACAAAUAAACUUAAAAUUAA